CACCAUCUAGUGACCUCGUCUUCCUCAGCCAAAAAAUGAAGCCUUUUUCUCUCGUUAUACAUGAAUUUUACUCUACAUGCCUUCCCCUAUUUCUUCUCUUAAUUACUUUGAACUCACUUUGGUUUAGCCCAAGCACAACUGCCUCUCAAUCAGGAAACCAGACUGACCAUUUGGCAUUGCUUGAAUUCAAGCAAUCAAUAUCCAAUGACCCAUAUGGUAUCUUGAUCUCUUGGAAUAGUUCUAUCCACUUUUGCAACUGGCUCGGAAUCACAUGUAGCCCCAUGCACCAAAGAGUUACUGAGUUGAACCUACAAGGUUAUCAAUUGCAUGGGCUCAUAUCUCCGCAAGUUGGCAAUCUCUCUUUUCUUAUAAACCUCAACCUCGCAAACAAUAGCUUUCACGGAAAAAUCCCGCAGGAAUUGGAUCGAUUGUUCCAAUUGCAGCAACUCUCUCUCAGCAACAACUCGUUGACCGGGGGAAUUCCUACAAACUUGACUAGCUGCUCUAAUCUCAAAGAGAUACAUUUAUCUGGGAACAAUCUGAUUGGCAAAAUACCAAUUGAAAUUACCUCUCUUCAAAAACUUCAAAUUUUUGCUGUUGCAAAAAAUAAUUUAACUGGAGGAGUCCCACCCUUCAUAGGGAAUCUUUCAUCCCUUACUGUUUUCUCGAUGGUUGAAAAUAACUUGGAGGGAGAUAUUCCGCAAGAAAUAUGCCGCCUCAAAAACUUGACACGUAUAUUAGUGGCUUCCAACAAAAUGUCGGGUACAUUUCCUUCUUGUCUUUACAAUAUGUCAUCUCUUGCUUCAAUCUCAGCUCCAGAGAAUCAAUUUAAUGGGUCUCUUCCAGCCAACAUGUUCCUCACCCUUCGCAAUCUCCUAGUACUUGAAAUUGGCGGGAAUCAAAUCUCAGGUCCAAUCCCCACUUCCAUUGCAAAUGGUUCUGUCCUUCAAAUAUUUGAUAUAACUGAAAACCAUUUUGUAGGACAAGUUCCAAGUCUAGGGAAGCUGCAAGAUCUUCUAAAACUAAGUUUUGCUGCAAACAAUCUAGGUGACAAUUUAACUACAGAUUUGGAGUUUUUAAAAUCAUUGACAAACUCUAGUAAGCUGCAACUCUUAGGUAUGGCCGGAAAUAAGUUUGGAGGUCGUUUACCAAAUUGCAUAGGCAAUUUAUCCUCCCAACUCAGUCAAAUAUAUCUUGGGGGUAAUCAAAUAUCAGGACAAAUUCCUGCAGAAUUAGGAAAUCUAAUUAGCUUAACUCUCUUGUCCAUGGAAAAUAACCGUUUUGAGGGUAGUAUUCCAUCUGCUUUAGGAAAAAAUCACAAGAUGCAAAUUUUAGAAUUGGGUGGAAACAAGCUCUCAGGAGGUAUCCCAUCCAUCAUAGGAAACCUUAGUUUGUUGUUUUAUUUGAGUUUAGACCAAAAUUUGUUUGAAGGAAAUAUUCCUCUAAGUAUACAAAACUGCCAAAAGUUACAAUAUCUAAACCUUUCCCGAAACAAUCUUAGAGGAACCAUUCCCUCAGAGGUUUUUAGUCUUUCCUCUUUAACAAAUUUACUAGACUUGUCACACAACUCAUUAAGUGGUAGUCUACCAAAUGAAGUUGGCCAAUUGCAAAAUAUUGAUAUCCUGGAUGUCUCUGAGAAUCAACUAUAUGCUAAUAUUCCUGGAACCAUUGGAGAAUGCUCAAGCUUGGAGUACCUUUAUUUGCAGGGGAAUUCCUUCCAUGGAAUCAUCCCAUCCUCUUUGGCUUCACUAAAAGGUCUUCGACAUUUAGACCUGUCACGAAAUCACUUGUCAGGAUCAAUUCCUAAUGUUUUGCAAAAUAUUUCGUUCUUGGAAUAUUUAAAUCUAUCAUUCAACAUGUUGGAUGGUGAGGUACCAACAAAAGGUGUCUUUCGAAAUGCAAGUGAGUUAACAGUGACCGGAAACAAGCUUUGUGGAGGUGUUUCAGAGCUGCAUCUACCGCCAUGCCCUGUCAAAAGUAAUAAACAUGCAAAACACCACAAUUUCAGGUUGACAGCAGCAAUAGUUAGUGUAAUUGUUUUUCUUCUCAUACUGUCAUUCAUUUUCACUGUCUAUUGGAUGAGGAAAAGAAGCAAGAAACCAUCUUCUGAUUCACCAACAAUUGACCAGCUGGCCAAGGUUUCAUAUCAAAACCUACACCGUGGAACAGAUGGGUUUUCAAUAAGAAACUUGAUAGGAUCCGGAAGUUUUGGCUCUGCGUACAAAGGAACUAUUGAGCCAGAAGACUCAGUUGUUGCCAUAAAGGUAAUAAAUCUUCAAAAGAAGGGAGCUCACAAGAGUUUCAUUGCUGAGUGCAAUGCACUUAAAAAUAUCAGGCAUCGAAAUCUGGUUAAGAUUUUAACAUGUUGCUCCAGUACAGAUUUCAAAGGUCAAGAAUUUAAAGCUCUUGUUUUUGAGUACAUGAAAAAUGGAAGCUUAGAAAGUUGGUUGCAUCCAGCAGCAGAUAUUGCAGAUCAGCCUAGAUCAUUGAACCUUGAGGAAAGGUUAAAUAUUAUUAAUGAUGUUGCUUCAGCAGUUCAUUAUCUUCACUAUGAAUGUGAGCAAGCUAUCAUUCACUGUGAUUUGAAGCCUGGCAACGUUCUUCUUGAUGAUUGCAUGGUAGCUCACGUGAGUGAUUUUGGCCUAGCAAGAUUGCUCUCAAGUCUUGGAGUCUCUCUCACACAAAGUAGCACAGUUGGAAUAAAGGGGACCGUUGGUUAUGCUCCUCCAGAGUAUGGAAUGGGUUUUGCUGUGUCAAUUGAAGGUGAUAUGUAUAGUUUCGGAAUUUUGGUAUUAGAAAUAUUAACCGGAAGAAGACCCACAGAUGAAAUGUUUCAAGAUGGUCAUAAUCUCCACAAUUAUGUUGAAAUUUCAAUUUCAACUCACCUUUUGCAGAUUGUGGACCCAACUAUUCUCCCCUACGAAUUGGAACAGGGUACCAGCAAUAAGAAACUUGGCCUUAUGCAUCCUAGUGUAGAGAGAUGUUUAUUUUCUCUUUCUAGGAUUGCCCUUGCUUGUUCAAUGGAAUCACCAAAAGUAAGAAUGAAUAUGAUUGAUGUCAUUAGGGAGCUUAAUCUAAUCAAAAGUUUCUUUCCUUCUAGGAUUUAGUGGAGGCAAGUUGCAUUUUUGUAAUCUAGUUAA